AUGAGCACACCUAAUUCCAUUAGUCCACCAAUGCUUGGUGAUAUAAAGACUGGUACACCGUUAGAAAUUACAUUUGAUACUUCAUUGAUUGACAAUGUAACUGGGCAAGUAAUUCAGAACGUGGAAGAACCUUCAUCUCUUAAAACUGAUGAUAUGCUGAACCUUGAAAACAAAGAUGCAAUGGAUAUUGAUUAUUCUAUUCCAUCUGACACGAUUAAAAUGUUCGAGGAAGCGAGGGAAGACAUAGUCAUGAAAGACUCUGGCAAUGGCACACCUGAUCAGAAUCCAAACCCAGAGGAGGAAGGAGAUGAAGAUGAUCCAAUUCAGAAAAUGCGCCGAAUGCAUAUCCUUCCAGAUUUAUUCAACAUGAUUCAUGAUUUAUUGAGAGGAAAGAUUCUGGCUAAGGAUUUUGAUAAUACUGCUGGUAGUUUGCGAUUGAAGUUGGCUACUCUUAAAAAGUAUAUGCAAGAAGUUGAAGGAAUUGGAGAAACUUUACAAAAUACUCAAUUGAAAAUUGAAAAUUUGAAACAGAAUAAUGAAAUGAAGUAUUCGCUUUUGAAGCAAUUCAAAUUAAAAGUCAAUCUUGAACUUGAAGAUGAUCAAAACAAUGACUUGCAUUAA